AGAGGCGGGUAGCUACGGAGCAGUAGUAACCAGGGAGUUCAUCUCGUACCGAUCGGGACUGAGGAGUUCAGCGCUACCGGCAUCUCUAACCUUCAGCGGAGCGGGAACUGGAUGAGAAGUUCAUGGUUUACCUGACUGAAGAGACCCGGGAAAAAGAUUCCAAGGUGGCGACAGACAAGGUUGCAGAAAAGUUGAGCUCUACUCUCUCAUGGGUGAAAAACACUGUGUCUCACACUGUCAGUCAAAUGGCAAGUCAGGUGGCGAGUCCAUCAGCUUCACUACACACUACAUCUCCGUCCACCACUCUGUCCACACCUGCCCUUUCUCCGUCCUCUCCGGUUCAGUUGAGUCCAGAUGAAGUAGAGCUGCUAGCAAAGCUGGAGGAACAAAAUCGGUUGCUUGAGAUAGACAGUAAAUCUCUGCGGUCUGUCAAUGGGUCAAGAAGAAACAGCGGUUCCUCCCUCGUUUCCAGCUCCUCGGCAUCAAGCAAUCUCAGCCAUCAUCAAGAGGAGGAUGCCUGGCUGCUGUGGGGUCGAAUCGUUAAUGAAUGGGAGGAAGUCUACAAGAAGAAAGAAAAACAGAUUAAGGACCUUGUAAGAAAAGGAAUACCGCACCACUUCAGAGCGAUUGUAUGGCAACUAUUAUGCAACGCUCAGAAUAUGCCAAUCAAAGAUCAGUAUUCUGAACUCUUAAAGAUGACGUCACCGUGUGAAAAACUGAUCAGAAGGGAUAUUGCCAGGACUUAUCCGGAACAUGAUUUCUUUAAAGAGAAAGACAGCCUCGGACAAGAAGUUUUAUUUAAUGUUAUGAAGGCUUAUUCUUUGGUGGAUCGUGAAGUUGGAUAUUGUCAAGGAAGUGCUUUUAUCGUGGGCCUUCUCCUUAUGCAGAUGCCCGAGGAGGAAGCCUUUUGUGUGUUUGUUAAAUUAAUGCAAGACUAUCGACUCCGGGAGCUGUUUAAGCCUAGCAUGGCUGAGCUGGGUCUUUGUAUGUAUCAGUUUGAAUGUAUGAUCCAGGAGCAGCUACCCGAACUUUACGUGCACUUUCAGGCCCAGAGUUUCCAUACCUCUAUGUAUGCGUCGUCUUGGUUCCUGACUAUUUUUCUUACUAGUUUCCCACUACCAGUUGCCACGAGAAUAUUUGAUAUCUUUAUGUCAGAGGGUUUGGAGAUCGUGUUUCGAGCUGGGCUCGCUGUUCUCCAGAUGAAUCAGGCAGAGCUUAUGCAGCUUGAUAUGGAAGGAAUGUUACAGCAAUUUCAAAGAGUUAUUCCACGUCAAUUUGAUGGGGGUCCAGACAAAUUAAUCCAAGUGGCUUACCAAGUCAAGUACAAUGCAAAAAAGAUGAAACGGUUAGAAAAGGAGUACACUACAAUUAAAACAAAGGAAAUGGAGGAACAAGUUGAGAUCAAAAGGCUUCGCACAGAGAACAGGCUUUUGAAACAACGUAUUGAAACUCUGGAGAAAGAAAGUGCAGCCCUCGCUGAUAGAUUGAUCCAGGGACAAGUGACAAGGGCCCAGGAGGCAGAGGAAAACUACCUCAUAAAACGGGAGCUGGCCACCAUCAAACAGCAAAGUGAUGAUGCCAGUAAUAAACUGGAGCAGGCCCGAAAUACCAUCACAGAGCUUCAGCAACAUCGGCAAUUGCACAAAUGUAAUCCUCGCUACUCUGAAGACUUUGUUCUACAGCUGGAAAAAGAACUCGUUCAAGCCAGGCUGAAAGAGGCCGAAUCCCUCUGUGCAAUGAAAGAAAUGCAGGACAAAAUACUGGACAUUGAGAAGAGAAAUAACUCCCUACCUGAUGAGAACAACAUUGUGAGACUUCAGGAGGAACUGAUUGCUGUGAAGUUGCGUGAGGCUGAAGCAAUUAUGGCACUGAAGGAGUUGAAGCAUCAAGUAAAGGAUUUGGAGGAGCAUUGGCAGCGCCAUCUAGCACGCACCUCUGGCAGGUGGAAAGACCCUCCGAAGAAGAAUACUGUUAAUGAACUGCAGGACGAGUUGAUGAAUGUACGCCUGAGAGAAGCAGAAAGGCACGUGGAGUUAAGAGAGAUGAAGCAACGAAUGAUGGAGAUGGAAACGCAGAACCAGAUAAACAGCAACCAGCUUCGAAGGGCUGAGCAAGAGGUCUGCAAUCUACAAGGGAAAGUACAGUAUAUAUCUGCUCAGAACAAAGGCCUGCAAGCCCAGCUGAGUGAGGCAAAACGCAAACAAGCUGAGAUUGAGUGCAAGAACAAGGAAGAGGUAAUGGCCGUACGUCUUCGGGAGGCAGACAGUAUUGCUGCAGUGGCUGAACUUCAGCAACAUAUAGCAGAGUUGGAGAUUCAGAAAGAAGAAGGAAAAAUCCAAGGACAAUUAAACAACUCCGACUCCUGCCAGUAUAUCCGAGAUUUAAAAGAUCAGAUUGCAGAACUGACACAUGAGCUACAGUGUCUAAAAAGCAAGAGGGGCUUCCAAGACCAACCCACUUUUGACGGCAUCCAUAUCGUUAACCAUAUUGUUGGUGAUGACGAGUCUCUGCACUCCUCGGAUGAAGACUACUUAGCUGCUGCCCUGCAGGAAGGAGAUGGAUGCUUCCACCUUCACAAAAGAUCUGGAAAGCUGGUCCUGGGCAAUCCUCGAGUGGAUAGCAGUGACAGUGACACUGAGGGGCUUUCUAUAGCUACAGAUGCUAAUGGACGGGCUAACAAACAAAUCUCCAAGCGAACAGAGUCUUAUUCCACUACUGUUUGAUCAUCACUGCCGCCGUCACAGCCCUUCUUUGGAUUUUAUGGUCAUUGCUACAAGUUCUACAGACGCUGGGUUAAUGCCUGGCUCCUGAGAGGAUGUGAAAGUCCUGGAGAUAACUUCAUCCGCCUUUAUGUUUGCCAAAUAUUCACAAUUGCCAUAUUCUAGACUGGGGCGUGCGAUAGACUUACUCCUUCUAACAGUAUUAUCUGGCAUCUUCUUUUUUUUUGUCUUCUUCUUCUUACUUUU